AGCCGCCUCGCCCUCCGAAGCGCUUUCUCGUCUCUUCCCCGAAGUCGGAGAAGCAACAGCCUCCGGGGCUCACCUUCGCGCCGGAGAGUGAGAGAGGAAACCGGACUUGAGAGUCCAUCGAAAGAGGAUGCUCCUUCCGUGUAUGGGUGUUGGAGCUCUCUGGCAAGGCGUCUCGGGAACCAUGGAGGGUACAAGAACUUUCCUUGAUGCUAAAGAGUACCCUGACCCAGAGGCACAGAGAGAUCGAGUAUUGACUCUGGAAGAAUGGCAAGAAAAGUGGGUGAGCCGCAAAAUUGGAUUCCAUCAGGAGCAAGGGCAUAAGCUAUUAAAGAAGCAUUUGGAUACUUUCCUUAAGGGCGGGAACGGACUGAGAGUAUUUUUUCCUCUUUGUGGAAAAGCGGUUGAGAUGAAAUGGUUUGCAGACCUAGGACACAGUGUCGUAGGUGUGGAAAUCAGUGAACUUGGGAUACGGGAAUUUUUUACAGAGCAGAAUCUUUCUUACUCAGAGGAACCCAUCACGGAAAUUCCUGGAGCCAAAGUUUUCAAGAGCUCUAAAGGGAACAUUUCGUUGUACUGUUGCAACCUUUUUGAUCUUCCCAGAGCCAAUAUUGACAAAUUUGACCGGAUCUGGGAUAGAGGAGCAUUAGUUGCUGUGAACCCAGGCGAUCGUGAGCGCUAUGUGGAUGUCAUGCUGUCCCUAACGAGGAAAGGGUUUCGCUACCUCUUGGCUAUUCUUUCUUAUGAUCCCACUAAAUACGCAGGUCCACCAUUUUACGUUCCGGAUGCUGAAGUCAAAAAAUUAUUUGGCUCAUUAUGCAACAUUCAUUGCCUUGAGAAGGUUGAUGUUUUCGAAGAACGACAUAAAAGUUGGGGAAUUGACUACAUUGUUGAAAAGUUGUAUCUGUGUACGGAAAAGUAAAUGAGACAAGUAAUAACAAGUCAUAUCAACACUGGGCAGCUGACGGUUAUGCUAAGGCAAGAAACUAUACUGAUGGCUCUUGAAAAAAAUUGUUUAUAAAUCACAUCACAGAUCUUUGCUCACAAAUGUGUAUAACUUUAUAGAAAAGAAUACAACUAAAUUGGUAAAGUAGCUACCUUUAGAAAGGAAAGUAUAAUUGGAGGGGGUCAAAGAAUAUACCUGUUUUACUUACAGAUUGCAAGAAAUUUUUUACAACCAGCAUGUGUUGUAUAAUUUAAAUAAAUUAAAAACUAAAGGGGCUCCCAGCUGCCUCAGUUGGUGGAACUAUGUGAAUCUUGAUCUCAGAGUCAUGAGUUCAAGCCCUCCGUUGGGUGUGUGGAUUACUU